AGGCCAUGAGUGGUAUGUGGAACUUACUCUGGUGCUCCAUCUAAAUCAGGCUGUGUUGAACCAUUAACAUAACUUUCCUGACAUGCAAGGAUCUGCCUUCCACUUCAUUCCAUAUUGUCAUGAAUAAAUUGGAAAGGGAAUGUUUUGACACCUGACAAAUUCCAUCCCCCCUCAUUUGGGGAUAGUGUGAGUGAAGGAAUGAUAAGACCAAUAUACUGGUCUGACUUUAUAAAUUAUUUAAUAAAAUGUAGAGUUAAAAAAUAAAGCAUGCGAUUCAUUCCUUUACAAUUGCCUUUUAAUAAAAGAGGUAUAUGAUAGGCUCUCUGGACCUAGGAGCAUAUAGAUACUCCUUGGGACCCCAAAAGAAGAAAGCCUAAAAUUAGGACUAUGGUCCUUGCUCAUAGAAUUGCCUGAGACACUAAUAGAAGGCUGGCGAACCAGGAUUCCCUUCAAGUCUCCAGGGCAGCAGGCCAGGUGACCAAUCAACUCUUAGGCCGAGGGGUCAUUGUUGGAGCCAUAAAUGUUGCUAUGACUACUGAAACCUCGUGACUGCACUAAACAGAAAGGAGAGCCUGCUCUGUCUCCUAAGACCAUAUCGAGUCUGUGGACAUGUCUAUGGAAAAGAUGGUAAAAGUAGAAGAGAGUUUUCAAAGGGCCGUGGGGCUGAAGAAGAUGGUGGACAGGUGGCAAAAUUCACAUACUCACUGUCUGUGGCAGAUGACAUUAAGCCAGAGGAGAAACCCAUAUGCCAUCCUAAGGAUGCAAAACACCAUGGUACAGGAGUUGGCACUGGCUAACAAGCAGCUACUGAUGGUCCGUCAAGCUGCCCUGCACCAGCUGUUUGAAAAGGAGCAUCGGCAGUACCAGCGGGAACUAAAUCAGAUGGGCAAGGCUUUUUAUGUGGAGCGACUCUGAUGGCAUUUGAAACAUUGCCCCUGCAUUCUCACCACACCUGCUAACCUAGCCUUUUGAGCUCCACCACCUUGAACAUCCUUCCCAGAACUCACCUGGAUCUAGUUAUCUGUCCAGGAUUUAAGAUAUCGCCCCAUUCUCAUCUCUUUCAUGCCCAUGUCAAUCCCCUAAUGCUCUUUGGGAAAUAAUCUAUAAAACAAUGGUAAAGACAAGAGUGACACCUUGUGGUCAGAAUGAGAUUUGCAGUUUUGAUGUAAGUGGGAGGAGGGGAGGUGGAGAAAUAGAUGGACAGUGUGAGCAGAGAAUUCUAAUUUGUUUAACAAAUAAAUCUAAUUUUUAAAUGUU